AUGCGUUUUGCUCUUCUCAUUAUCUGCCUGGCGGCAAUAUCGCUUGCUGCCCCAACAAACUUCUUUGAUGAUGCAUACGAAUGGACCGAUGAACUGGAAGAAUUCUUUGGAAAAGUCAGCGAGUACAUCAACACUGCAAAACACAACAUCAGAUCACCAGCAGCUUGCGAAGCCUCCAAGAUCGCUCUGCCUUCUUAUGCUUCGGGCUUGACCAGCCCAUCAGGCCUAAAGCCGAAAUAUGUUGCACUUGGACGCGGCACUCAGAACUAUACAUGUGCGGACUCUACUUCCAACUCCAAGCCCGCGGCAGUAGGAGCUGUCGCAAGACUUUACAAUGCCACAUGCAUUGCAGCCAACUAUCCCGAUCUCCUGGCAAGCCUCCCCAACCUUGCCUAUAAGAUUUCCCUAUCAACCAACGAAGAUGCCUCGUUCCCUCUGGCCAACCUCGAAUUGAUGGGUCACCAUUUCUUCUACGAUGCAACAACUCCCGAGUUCAACUUGAAUACCACACCUAAAAAGCAGGGUGGAAUUGUCAUGACCAAAAAGCAAGGCGCAAUCGAUGCACCCUCAGGUGCAUUUUCAGGCAAGUACGGUGCUGUGCCUUGGCUCUACCUCACUGCUACCGAGGGCACGGUGGGUAACUACAAGAGUGUCUAUCGAGUCAAUACUGCCGCUGGAUCGCCACCAACUACCUGCAAGGGCAUGCCACCUGCAUUUGAGAUGCAGUAUUCUGCAAAUUAUUACUUCUUCGGGGAAUAG